AUGUUCCGACACGCACUCACCACCUCCUCCCGGGCGCUGCGCUCUGCCGCCCCCAGAAUGUCAGCCACGAGCUCUUUUGGCCCCUCACAGUUCCGCAUCGUCGCUGCGGCCUCUCCUAGACAUUUCACACCUGCAAUGGGGAGGUGGUACAGCGACGCAAAGGAGACCAAAACUGAGGAGACGAAAGAAGAGGCUAAGGAGGCAAGCGCCGAGGCUGACCCGGUUGCUGAGCUGAAGAAGCAGCUUGAAGCCAAGGACGCCGAAGCUCGGGAGUGGAAGGACAAGUGCUUGCGCACCGUUGCUGACUUCCGCAAUCUUCAAGAUCGCACCCAGCGUGAAGUUAAGAGCGCUCGCGACUUUGCUAUCCAGAAAUUUGCCAAGGAUCUCAUCGACAGCGUCGACAACUUGGAUCGUGCCUUGACCACAGUCGCACCCGAGAAGCUCAAUGCUGACAACCAAGAUCUCAACAACCUACACGAAGGUAUCAAGAUGACUGAGACUGUGCUGAUGCAGACUCUGGAGAAGCACGGUCUCGAGCGUCUCAGCCCUGAGGGCGAGAAGUUCAACCCCAAUGAGCACGAGGCUACCUUCAUGACACCCCAGCCUGAGAAGGACGACAACACCGUCUUCUUUGUUCAGCAGAAGGGCUACAAGCUCAACGGCCGAGUGCUCCGCGCAGCCAAGGUUGGCGUUGUCAAGAACAAAUAA